AUGGCUCAGAAGGCACUCCCUCAGGAUGAGAUUCCUCUUUGGACCCUCAUCUGGACGUAUCAGGCGUUCAUCUUGGGCAUCCUGCUCGCCCAUUUCCGCAAUUUCACUUCUUGGCUCUCCGUCGCUACCGGACGAUCGGAAGAGGACCCGGCCUUUGUAUGCCAGGAGGGUCAUGCGCCGCUGCUCAAGGCAAAGGAGUAUUUCUACACUCGGUACUUCUUCGGCAGGCUGAGGGAUUGCUGGGAUCGUCCCAUCUGCAGCCGUCCUGGCGCCAUGUUCGACCUCAUCGGCCGCGAAUUCGACGGCUCCCUGUAUGGAUCGUUCCAGUACACGGGCGAGAAAAUGCGCGCCAUUAAUCUCGGCUCCUACAACUACCUGGGCUUUGCCGAGAACGCUGGCAAGUGCAUCGAUGAUACCAUCGACGCGGUUCACAAGUAUGGCAUCAGCACUGCUGGCCGUAGGAUGGAGACUGGUAGCAUGGACCUUCACAGGAAGCUUGAGCUGCGCAUGGCCGAUUUCCUGGGCAAGGAGGACGCCAUCAUCUUCAACAUGGGUUACGCAACCAACUCGACCUCGAUCUCUGCUCUCAUUGGCAAGGGUGGUCUGAUCAUCAGUGAUUCACUCAACCACGCUUCGAUCGUCACGGGCUGCCGCUCUACCGGUGCCAAGAUCAAGGUUUUCCAGCACAACGACCCGGCCGAUCUGGAGCGCGUGCUUCGUCAGUCCAUUGCCGAGGGUCAGCCGCGCACUCACAGGGACUGGACCAAGAUCAUAAUCGUUGUUGAGGGCAUCUACUCGAUGGAGGGUGAGAUCCUGCGUCUUCCCGAGAUCGUGGCCAUCAAGAAGAAGUACAAGGCCUACUUGUACGUCGAUGAGGCCCACAGCAUUGGCGCCCUCGGCAAGAGCGCGCGAGGUGUGUGCGACUACUGGGGCGUUCCCACCUCCGACGUCGACAUUCUCAUGGGCACCUUCACCAAGUCCUUCGGUUCCGUCGGUGGCUACAUCGCCGCCAAUAAGGAUGUCGUGCGACACCUGAGGCAGCACUCGCUGGGCUCGGUCUACCAGUCCGGCAUGUCGCUCCCCUGCGUACAGAUGAUCCUUUCCGCGCUCGACGUCAUCACCGGCGCUGACGGCACCGACGAUGGCCAGAGGAGGAUCAACGCUCUGCGUGAGAACGGCAACUUCUUCCGUCAAAGGCUGAAGGAGAUGGGCUUCCGCAUCAUCGGUAGCGAGGACUCGCCCGUCAUUCCCCUCAUGCUCUUCCACCCCGCCAAGAUUGCCGGUUUCUCUCGCGCCGCGCUCGAAGAGAACCUUGCCGUCGUGGUGGUCGGUUUCCCUGCCACCUCGCUUCUCGGCUCCCGCGCCCGUUUCUGCGUUUCUGCGGGCCAUACCAAGGAGCAGCUCGAGCGAGCCCUGGAGUCGAUCAGCGUGAUCGGUGACAGGCUGAUGCUCAAAUACGGCAACGAGGAAGAGGCGGCGCACUGA